AUGUGUUCAAAUCCCAAUACCCGUCUCUUGAUGAGACUUGUCAUAGACGUUCUUCUACUGACCAGUGUCUAUUGUGUGGCUUUGGUGAUUUUACCUCAAAUAAUGAAAACCCAGCAGCGUGGUUUCUUUUGCGGCGAUGAAACUCUUUUGUAUCCCUAUAAAUCCGAGACACUGCUUAAACGCCUACAUAUUACCAUUUUGGUGAUUGCUAUACCUGCUGCCUUAAUAUUGUGCAUAGAAAUGCUGCGUGUGGCAUUUCCGGCCAAUAAAACCACCUCUACUGCCACCAGUCUCGUGCCAAAAUCUCCUCAACAAUAUGUGUUUGUGGGAGUACGUGUGCCUACCUUUGUCAGUGAGUGUUACAAUACCAUGGGUGUCUACCUGUUCGGCCUGGCUUUGGUGUUAAUAGUUACCACCGUAACUAAAGGAUUUACUGGCCGUUUAGCUCCCUACUUUUAUGAAGUGUGCCAGCCUAUAAUAAAUUCAAAUGAAACUGCGUGCACGGCCAAUGAACAUUUUGGCAGCUAUAUUGAGAACUAUACCUGUGGCUCUUUGACCUCUAGCACUCAUUUGCUUACCGUUAUGCGCCAAUCAUUUCCCAGUGCUCAUGCAUCCACCACGGCCUAUGCCAUGCUAUUUUUGACAAUUUAUUUCCAGGCUCGUUUACAAACCGGCUGGCUGCAACUAUGGCGCACUCUUUUACAGAUUACUUGCAUGAUGGUUUCUUUGCUGGUAUCAUUUGAACGUUUGAUAUCAUAUCGUCAUCAUUGGACAGAUGUUUUGGCUGGUUUGAUAAUCGGUUACUCGAUGGCUGCAUUUAUGACCCAUUUGGUGUCGCAGUUCUUUAAAAAAGUGCCCGUUAAGGUGAGACGCAUACGUGAAGAUGCCUCGAAUAUUUAUGGUUAUUAUACUGUAAUGCCCAGACCGAGAUAUUAUUAA